GCGUUCGCGCGUUGUUCGCCUCAGCCCACGCCGCCAUCUUGGAUUCGCUUUGUGUGCGUGUGUGUCGUUUGUCGGUGCCAGCAAAAGUGUCCUGUUUUUCCAAAGUUUUCAGCACCAAACAACGUGAAAAAAGGCCGAAAAGAUAGUGAAGAGUGUGCCCCACACAAAGGGCAAACAGUGGAACAAAAGCGUCCGGCUCAAAAACCGACCGAUUAGACGAUGGCUUCCGAUGAGGAAAUUGAUGAAUCCAUUGCCGAGGAAGAAGGUGGCAUGAUGGAUGAAGCAGCGGAUGCCUCGCUUGCAGCUGACGCGGAUGAUGGCUCGGACGAGGAGGUAAACACUAAGAGCAACGCCCAGCAGGACGAAGAUGACGACUACGAGCCGGAAGAUAAUCGUAAGAAGAAGAAGGGGAAAAAGCGCAAAGCUCGCAGCAGCGAUGAAAAGCGCGGCCGAAAGAAGAAAAAGCGUAAGAAGAACGAUAGCGGUGACGAGAGCGAUCAGAAACAGAGCGACGACGCUGGUAGUAGUGCGACGGCCGCAGCCGCAGCGGCCGCAGCUCAGGCAGCCGAAUCGGACUAUGAAUCGCGGCCGAAGCGUGGCCGCGAUCGAAAGAAGGGUAGCAGUAGUCGUGGUGCCGUAAGCAGCGAGGUAGAGAAGAAGGUGGAGGAAAAGGAAAAGAUGCCCUCGAUACAGGAGGUGUGCAGUUCGUUCGAUCUCACCGACGUUAAGAUCGAGUACACGGACGAUGAUUUCGAGAAUUUGGUGACGUUCAAGAUUUUCCAAACGCAUGUGCGGCCGAUCCUGACGAAGGAAAACCCGCGCGUACCAAUGGCGAAGCUAAUGAUGCUGGUCGCAGCAAAGUGGCGCGAAUUCUGCGCCCUAAAUCCGAACAUUUCGAGCGAAGAUGCGACGGCUGCGGAGACGGGCAGGGAGGAUGAGGCACCGGCAACGCCAGAGUACGUGCCCAAGUCGAGCCGGUCACGCAGCAAAACGGAAAACAAGCACGAGGAUAUGGUGUACGACGAUGAGGACGAGGAGGAAGAGGAGGAAGUGGAACGCGAACGGACGCGCAAGAGCAAAAAGGGCAAAAGUGGCGGCGGAGGUGGCGGUGGAGGUGGUGGUGGAAGCAGCAACAAUAAAAAGGGUAGCAGUGGCAAUAGUCGCAAGCAAAAAGUACCGACGUUGAAGAUAAAGUUUGGAAAGCGUAAGAACGCCAGUUCCGACGAGGAGCAGGAUGCGAGCGGUGGAUCGGAACGCGAAUCGGACGCCGAGUUCGAAAAGAUGCUGCAACAGUCGGAGUCGGAAAAGCCGGAAAAACCUGAACGCGGCGAGUCGUCUAGCGGUGGUGCGGGGGCCGAUGGAGCUGCUGACGAUGCGUCCGAUCAGCCACCGGUGCGUAAGAAGGCGAAGACGAAGAUCGGCAAUAAGUCCAAGAAGAAGAACAAAUCGAAGAAGAGUAAGUUCCCCGAUGGUGGUGAGGAGGGGGAACACGAGCAUCAGGAUUACUGCGAGGUGUGCCAGCAGGGUGGUGAAAUUAUUCUGUGUGACACCUGUCCCAAAGCGUACCAUCUGGUGUGUCUCGAUCCGGAGCUUGAAGAUACACCCGAGGGUAAAUGGUCCUGUCCGACGUGCGAAGCAGAAGGACCAGCGGACGAAGAUGACGACGAGCAUCAGGAGUUCUGCCGGGUGUGUAAGGAUGGCGGUGAGUUACUGUGCUGUGACAAUUGUCCAUCCGCGUAUCAUACGUUCUGCUUGAAUCCUCCAUUGGACGACAUUCCCGAUGGUGAGUGGCGCUGUCCACGAUGUAGCUGCCCUCCGCUAGCGGAAAAGGUACAGAAAAUUUUGACCUGGCGAUGGACAGACAAACCUAUCAAUCCGGAUGAACCAUCCACGUCCAAGGGUGCGGGUGGCACUACCCGCCGCCGUGAGUACUUCGUGAAGUGGCAAGAAAAAUCGUACUGGCACUGUGAUUGGAUUACGGAGCUGCAGCUGGAUGUGCACCAUCCGCUGAUGUUCCGCUACUACACGCGCAAGAACGACAUGGAAGAACCGCCCAAGCUGGAGGAAGCACUGGACGAGGAGGACAACCGAUACAAGCGCAUCCAGCGCAUGCGCGAAACCAACAGCAAUCUGAAUGAAACCGAGCUGGAGGAGAAGUAUUACCGAUACGGUGUGAAACCCGAAUGGCUUAUGGUUCAUCGCGUGAUCAACCAUCGCACGAUGCGGGACGGUCGCACCCUUUAUCUGGUGAAGUGGCGCGAACUACCGUACGAUCAGGCAACGUGGGAAGACGAGGAGGAUGACAUCGCUGGGCUCAAGAUGGCUAUCGAGUACUAUCUGGAUUUGCGCGCGAACUGUUCGCAGGACAUCGGCAGUGGCAGCGGUAGUGGAAGCAGCAAGAAGAACAAGAAAAAGGGACGACGUCGUUUGCGCGAGCUGGAGGAAGAGGAGCGAACAGCGGGGGUGAAACGUUACACACCGCCACCGGAAAAGCCGACGACGGAUCUGAAGCGAAAGUUCGAGGUGCAGCCACCGUAUCUGGACGAAACGGGCAUGCGGCUACAUCCGUACCAGCUGGAAGGUAUAAACUGGUUGCGUUACUCGUGGGCAAACGGUACCGAUACGAUUCUGGCCGAUGAAAUGGGACUGGGUAAAACGAUCCAAACCGCAACGUUUCUGUAUUCACUGUACAAGGAAGGUCAUUGCCGUGGUCCAUUUUUGGUAGCCGUACCACUCUCGACCAUCAUUAACUGGGAGCGUGAGUUUGAAACGUGGGCACCGGACUUCUACUGCAUCACGUACGUAGGCGACAAAGAAUCCCGGGCGGUUAUUCGUGAGAAUGAACUAUCGUUUGAGGAAGGUGCCGUACGCGGUGGCAAAGCAUCCCGGAUUCGCGCCAGCUCGAUCAAGUUCAACGUGCUGCUGACGAGCUACGAACUGAUCUCGAUCGAUGCCGCCUGUCUCGGUUCGAUCGAUUGGUCCGUGCUGGUGGUGGAUGAAGCCCAUCGGCUAAAGUCGAACCAGAGCAAAUUCUUCAAGGUGCUGAACGCGUACAACAUCGCGUACAAGCUGCUGCUUACCGGUACGCCGCUGCAGAACAAUCUCGAGGAACUGUUCCACCUGCUGAACUUCCUGAACAAGAACAAGUUUAACGAGUUGUCCGAGUUCCAGAACGAAUUUGCCGACAUCUCGAAGGAGGAACAGGUGAAGCGACUGCACGAGAUGCUUGGACCGCAUAUGCUGCGUCGACUGAAGGCGGACGUGCUGAAGAACAUGCCCACCAAGUCGGAAUUCAUUGUGCGCGUGGAACUGUCGCCGCUGCAGAAGAAGUACUACAAGUACAUCCUGACGCGCAACUACGAAGCGCUCAACCCGAAAGGUGGUGGCGGUGCCUGCUCGCUGAUCAAUAUCAUGAUGGAUCUCAAGAAGUGCUGCAACCAUCCGUAUCUGUUUGCGGCAGCGGCAGAAGAAGCACAGCUGGGACCGGGUGGUAACUACGAACUCCAGUCCCUGACGAAAGCGGCCGGAAAGCUGGUGCUGCUCGAAAAGAUGCUAAAGUUGCUGAAAUCACAAGGCCACCGUGUGCUGAUCUUCUCGCAAAUGACAAAGAUGUUGGACAUACUGGAAGAUUUUCUCGAAGGGUUAGGUUACAAGUACGAGCGUAUCGAUGGUGGCAUAACGGGUAGCAUUCGGCAGGAAGCGAUCGAUCGAUUCAAUGCACCCGGUGCGCCUCAGUUCUGCUUUCUGCUGUCAACACGUGCCGGUGGUCUCGGUAUUAAUUUAGCUACGGCAGAUACCGUGAUCAUUUACGAUUCGGACUGGAAUCCGCACAACGACAUUCAGGCGUUUUCGCGCGCCCAUCGUAUUGGGCAGGCGAAUAAGGUGAUGAUCUACCGAUUUGUGACACGUAACUCAGUCGAGGAACGUGUCACGCAGGUGGCAAAGCGCAAAAUGAUGCUUACGCAUUUGGUCGUACGGCCCGGUAUGGGUGGCAAGGGUACGAACUUCACCAAGCAGGAGCUGGACGAUAUUCUACGCUUCGGUACGGAGGAACUGUUCAAGGAGGACGGCAAAGAUGAAGAGGCGAUCCACUAUGACGAUAAGGCUGUGGCGGAGCUGUUGGAUCGAUCGAACAAAGGUGUGGAGGAGAAGGAAAACUGGGCCAACGAGUAUCUGUCGUCGUUUAAGGUGGCUUCGUACAGCACGAAAGAGGACGUAGAAGAAGAGACGGAAACGGAAGUGAUUAAACAGGAGGCAGAAAAUUCCGAUCCGGCUUACUGGGUGAAACUGCUGCGGCAUCACUACGAGCAGCACCAGGAGGACUUGUCGCGUACGCUUGGCAAAGGAAAACGUGUGCGCAAACAGGUCAACUAUACCGAUGGUGGCGUCAUUCAGGCGGAUCCGGUAAAGGAAGACUCAACCUGGCAGGAAAACGUGUCGGAUUACAACAAUUCGGACUAUUCCGGUGCUUCGGAUGAGGAUCGUGACGAGGACGACGAGGAGAGCGAACUGGGAAGACGCAGCCGACGGCGCAUCGAACGCAAAGAGGCAGAGCGGGACAAUCGUCCGCUGCCGCCGCUGUUGGCGCGCGUCGGUGGAAAUAUCGAGGUGUUGGGCUUUAAUGCGCGACAGCGCAAGAGCUUCCUGAACGCGAUCAUGCGUUACGGUAUGCCACCGCAGGAUGCGUUCCAUUCGCAAUGGUUGGUACGCGAUCUGCGCGGCAAAUCGGAGCGCAUCUUCAAGGCGUACGUUUCACUGUUUAUGCGGCAUCUUUGCGAACCCGGCGCGGACAAUGCGGAAACGUUCGCCGAUGGUGUACCGCGCGAAGGUCUCAGCCGCCAGCACGUCCUGACGCGCAUUGGUGUGAUGUCACUGAUCCGUAAGAAGGUGCAGGAGUUUGAGCACAUCAACGGUUACUACAGCAUGCCGGAGUUGAUUAAGCGUCCGUGCGAACCUGUGAAGAUUGCAGUGCCGGUCGCCGCCGCCGCUGCAGCCGCCGGCACUAGCGGUGAAGGUACGUCCGGCGGGGCAGCAGUUGCCAGUGGGGAAACCUCCAAAUCGGCUACCACCAGCACAAGCGCUACACCGGCGACGAGUGCUGCACCGAGUCCGGCCCCGAAUGCGAGCGCAUCCGGUGACAAGGACGACGAAACAUCGACGGGGGCUGGUGAAAAGGAAAAAACAGACGCUGCCGACAAGGAAAAGUCGGCGGAAAGUGCAACAGAGGGUGAGAAGGCAGUCGAUGUGAAAAAGGAAACGACCGAUGAGGCUGACGAAUCUACGGACAAGAAAGCAACUGCUGCUACUGGUGAGAAAAAGAAGGACGAUAGUGUUGUUGCGACGAAAGUGGAACCUGUGGAUACUGAUGGUGAGAAGACGUCCAAGAAGGAGGACAAAACGGUGGGCGAGGAAACGAUCGAUGCGAAGAAUGUGAAAACGGAAGAUGAUCCUACAGCAGUACCGAAAAAGGAAACAGAGGAUAAGGAAAAGGGAGAGGAAGCGAAACCGACAGCCGCGGAGGGAGCGGCCGCCACCAAGGUAACUGAAGAGUCAAAGAAAGGAUCCUCGGAAACGGCAACAACCGGUCAACCGGCAAAGAAGGAAGUAGAAGAAGAGGACGAUGAUGAUGAGGUGAAGUUUGUGGAAGAUAGUAGCACGAUUCCACCGGUGGUGAAAAAGCAGGAACCGGAUGUGAAACCGGUAACCGCAACGACCACGACCACGAUCGAUGAUGAUGAUGAUGACGUGGUAUUCGUAAAGGACGACGAUGACGAUGUGAAGAAACCGGAACCGGUGCAGGAGAACCUGGAGGUGCACAAGCGUGCCUUUAUGUUCAACAUCGCCGACGGAGGUUUUACCGAGUUGCACACACUAUGGAUUAACGAGGAGAAGGCCGCUGUGCCGGGGCGAGAGUACGAGAUUUGGCAUCGUCGCCACGACUACUGGCUGCUGGCGGGUAUCGUGACGCACGGUUAUGGUCGCUGGCAGGACAUCCAGAACGAUAUUCGGUUUGCGAUCAUUAACGAACCGUUUAAGAUGGAUGUUGGCAAAGGGAAUUUCCUGGAGAUUAAGAACAAAUUCUUGGCACGCCGCUUCAAACUGCUGGAACAGUCGCUUGUUAUUGAGGAGCAGUUGCGUCGGGCGGCACUUCUCAAUUUGGCCCAAGACCCAAGCCAUCCGGCGAUGGCAUUGAAUGCACGGUUUGCCGAGGUAGAGUGUUUGGCGGAAUCACAUCAGCAUCUGAGCAAGGAGUCACUGGCAGGCAACAAACCAGCCAAUGCCGUACUGCACAAGGUGUUGAAUCAGCUGGAAGAGUUGCUUUCGGACAUGAAGUCGGACGUUUCUCGAUUACCGGCAACACUAGCUCGCAUUCCUCCGGUUGCCCAGCGAUUGCAGAUGUCCGAACGAUCGAUCCUAUCACGUUUGGCAGCUACGGGCAAUACCGUGCAGCAGAAUCCUCCAAUGUCACAGUUCCCGCCAGGCUAUCAGGGUACGACACUACCGGGCUUUGCAGCGGCCGCCGCCGCCAAUUUUGCCACCUUCCGGCCGACAUUCUCAGUACCCGGCCAACCAACCAACUUCCCAAGUGGAGCAGGUGCCGCCGGUUCAAGCUCGUCCGGAAAGUAAAUGCGUGUUAUCAAAUGUGACCAAUGUGAGAUCGGUGUUAGGCUUCAUCUAUCAGCGAACCAUCUAUCAAACUGACUGGGCUGCCAAGACGCGUUGGUCUAUAUAGAACCUGAAGAGUGGUUUGGUUUGCUUAACGUCUCGUGGACGAUGAAUGUGAUGUAUCAUUUUUACAAUGUGACAUUCUUCAUAUAAGUUCAAUUCUCUUUUAUCUCUAGCUAUAUGAAACACACACACACACAUACACAAAACACAAAUUAUCAAAAAUUGAAGCGAAGGAAAAGGUACUCAAAAAAGCUCUUAAGCACAUUACGCACUCAUUCACAAUUGGCUACAUUCGACUUCGGACUUCGGAACACACUUGAUGUGAAUGUUUUAAUGGUCGGAAAUACAAUUGUAAGAAAUUAAACAAGCAAAAUACAAAAACCACAUAAAGUAAGACAUUAGAAUAACAUUUCUUUAGUAGUAGGAUGAUAUAUAGAGCUGCACUUACAGAGCUCUGGAUGUAUUGUAAGCGUAUAACUUAUCGACUUAAUUGGUAUGCCGAGCUUCUAAAACCCGGUUCUAAUAAACUCUUGAAAAACAA